AUUUUAAAACAUUAGUGCGCAUUAGCGAAUAUUUAUGUUAAUAUUGCAAUUAUCCGCAUUUUAUUCAACGCUAUUCAUCGCACUUAUUUCCAUUCAGAUUCUGGGUGACACAAUCGUUUGUCUCCGGUGAUUGACAGCAGUUUGGUUGUGCAGCGCUGCAGCCCUGCAUCGGCUGGCGAAAUUUACGUUGAUCGCUUGCAUUCCUUGCACUAAUGUCAGUUGCGAAAAAUUUUUGGUAAAUAAAUGGAGCCACGCGGGCCAACAAUCUAAGAGCGUGACCCGAGCGUCCUGCCAGUCGAUCGCGGAGUGAAAUCAUAAACAUGGACGAGGACGAGCUAGAAACAACGUCGCGGACUUUGCUUCAGGGAAAGAUGCACGCUGAUGAAGUGGAUAGUGUGCAUACGACGCAUACAAGCAUCGGCACUGAUGCAUUAUCUAUCGCCGGGGGUAUUAUGAACAAAGCUGAUAGCAGAGAUUCUAAUCAGCGUUAUUGCUGGGUUUGCUUUGCAACUGAUGAGGAUGAUGAGACUGCUGCUUGGGUACAGCCUUGUAAUUGUAGAGGCACAACUAAAUGGGUGCAUCAAGCAUGUUUACAAAGAUGGGUGGAUGAAAAACAAAAAGGUGGAAACAUGGGGAAAGUUUCAUGCCCACAGUGUCAGACAGAAUAUAUCAUAGUGUUUCCAAAUAUGGGAGUGCUUGUACUCAUACUGGAUACAGUUGAUAGUUUUAUUUAUAAGGGCUGUCCAUUUUUGGCAGCAGGGAUUGUAGUUGGCGCUAUUUAUUGGUGUGCUGUUACAUAUGGCGCAAUAACUGUGAUGCAAGUUGUUGGACAACGCGAAGGUCUCGCUGUAAUGGAACAAGCCGAUCCACUUGUCCUCCUCAUAGGUUUACCAGCAAUUCCAAUCGCCCUGGUUGUGGGCCGUAUGGUCCGCUGGGAGGAUACAGUUUUACACUUUAUCCGACGUUAUUUGUCGCGCGUGCCCAUAAUCAAACACAUCCUGCCCUUCCGCGUCGAUGUUGGCCCGACGUUUACGCGUACGGGUGGCGAGGAAGACAUCCCACCUCUUUCCGAUCCCGUAUCCGCGACGCGAGUGCUCUGCGGUGCGCUUUUAAUGCCCACAAUUGCCAAUAUAAUCGGCAAGUUGCUCUUCGACAGCGUGCGCUCCAACUUCCACAAGACGGUGCUGGGCGGCGCGACGUUUGUGCUAGUCAAAGGCGCGCUCAAGAUCUACCACAAACAACAGCAGUACAUUCGGCAGUGUCAGCGCAAGAUACUCGACUAUACGGAGGCGAAUAUUUCCGCGUAUUUACGACGGCAUCGUCCUUCGCAUUGAGUGUUUACAAUGUUUCUUUUUUGAUCUUCGAAACUCGCGGCGAAAACUUUUGAUUACAUAAUUGUUACGCGCUGUUUGCAACUUUAACUUUAUCAAAGAUAUUUAUUUACUAGUUUUUACUCGCAGGAUGUAUGCGUAGAUUUUUUAAACACUUUGGUAAAGACGUCCUGAGGAGUCGUGGAUGGUAAAUGGAUAAAUGUAUAAAUUUGUUAAUAACUGGGAUUAUUCAUGUGCUAAGUGAAUAGACUACAACUACUCAACUGACGAAACAAAACUUUAACUUCCUGAAAGAUAUUAAACGGAGUAAAUUUUGUGAUUUUACUUUUAAAAUUUAUUCUAACACGAUAACAAAGAUUUAAAUUAGAUACUUUUUAUCUUUAUUUACGCAAUUAAUGCAGAAAGGGUAAAAAGUAUUGGGGAAUAUCAAAUGAGUCAUUGAAAAUGAGGUUAUGAUGCGUUAGUGGACAUUCCAACCUCAUUUGUACCUCGGAUUUGCUUCACAACUGAAAAAAUUGCGCGUUAUGAAGUUUCUUUUCAAUUUUAAUUGCUUUUCCUUGGUUAUUCUUCUGAGUUUUUCGUGAGUUUUUCCUUUUUGUACGUUUUUCAAACAUUCCUGCCUUUAAGAAGUAAUUGAAUGUUUUUUGACAUAAAAUUGAAUUGUCCUGGGGCAUUUAAGCCUUCUUUCAACUGAAGAAUAGUCUAAUCAAUGAAAAAUACGCUUUUGUUGAGUUAAUUACACCAAAAGACAAUUAAUAUAGUCAAUUUGGUUUCUUGGGCAUGUGAAAUAGUACCUAUAUUAUGUAAAUUUAACAAAAAUUGAUAUUUGUACGUGAAAAAGGAAAUAGUUUUCAUAAUUUUGUAAUAUUUUAACUUGAGAGUUAAGUUACCAUAGGAGAAAAGCUUAGGAAAUAGCGUUUUUACAUAAACUACUUAUAUUUUCCGAAUAUAUUAAGAUUAUUACAAAUUAUUUAUGGAAAUUCGCUCAAAUCAGCUCUGUUCAGGAAUAAAAACAAUUUUGAACAAUGAAAA